AUGGAUGAUUUUCAAGAAAACAAGGAGGGAACCUCACAAAGUGAAGUCGGAAGUGAAGCUCUAGGAUCGUCAGAAACAAGUGCCGCGUCUGUUCCAGGAAACAUCCUAGGUUCAUCUUCUCCAAUAUUAAAUAAUAAUGAACGUACUCCGUCUGCCAAUACCUCCUCAUCAGACAACGCUACUUCCUUAAUCGCAGAUGCUUCACCUGAACAUGCUCCAUCUCUUAAUUAUCCAUCCUUUAAAACUACUGAAGAAAUUGGUAGCCAAGGAAUAUAUACUUAUCACUCUCUAACUAAAAUGGAAGGGUAUAAAUACUCAUCAUUCGAGGAAUGGAGAUGGAAUUAUGUGAGUGGAAAAACCUACACACCUCCACCUCCUUCGAAUAUAUAUUGGUGGGGUUGUUUAAAAAGAAACAAAGAACCAUUAAAGGUGAUUGAAGAGCAACUCAUCAAAGAAAGAAAAGUGUUAGCUCCUUUUGUAUUGGCCAUUCCCUCUACGCUGAAAAUGUUGGAUGAAAAAAUCAUGAAUAUCAAGUCAAAAUUAAGCAAAUCGUCUUGCACUGAAACGAUCUCGAGCAAGUCUAGCUCCACAGGUUCAUCUAGAGGUACAUUCACGCCAACCUCUCAAUCUUCAGAAGAGGUACAUUCAAAAGAUGGAGUUAGUGUUGUUAAGAUUGAUAAUGACAGUAAUGCCAAGGAAAGUGUAAAUUCUGAAUCAACCUAUGAACAAAAACCCAACAAGGUAAUGCCAGACUACCUCGAAAUGAUAACUCAUUUAAACAAGAAAGUUGAAGAGUUGACUUUGCGGGUAAGGGCCUUGGAAGAGGAGAAAGCAAAAUUGUCUUUUCAAGACAACACACAAUCGAACAAAUCUUCAAAUGCCAACAUUCCAGUAUCGGUAUUAACGCCUUCAACUGUUGAGUUUGAAAUCAAUGAAAAUAUUCCUGUGGUUGACAACUUUGAGGAAUUCCCUACAUGUUUACAUGUCGAGAAACAGUGGUGUGGACAUAAACGAGUGGCUGCUGUUGAUGAAGUGAAACUAUUUGUACUAUCUGAUGAUUCCAAUCCUACUAACAGCUCGUGCCGAAAUUUGGGAAUGGGUGUUUUAAUGAUUGACGAACAGGAUGACUUGAAGAAACAGCUGGUACUGAAGGCAGAAAAUUAUUGGUUAGUUCUUGCAUCAUGCACAAAAAUGGAUGUGGUAAUGUUAUCUGAUAGAUAUGUGUCAAUAGUUAUGGAAAGUAUUGGAUCAAACAACUUACCAAAUAAGGUUUCCCUUGUAUUAAUUUUUAAGGAAAAAACUGGUAGAGAUGAUUUCUUGACUCAAUGGAAAAAUGAAUGA